UCAAGUUUCCUUCACAGCAAGAUCUCAUUCCAUUGCACUUCCACUUUGUAAUUUUUUUUUUUUUUUUCCUUUAAAUUUCUUCAACUUUGUAACUUACCUUUCAGAUAUCUUAAUCUACCACUCUCAUGCAAAGGUAGCAGGAAUUACAAAUGGGGAAAAAAGGGAGUUGGUUUUCUGCAGUGAAGAAAUUUCUUAGUCAUGAUUCCAGAAAAGAUAAGAAAAGUCACAGAUUAAAGAAAAAGUGUACUCAAAAGGACUCAGAAGAAGCACCAAUAGAUGAUGUUAAAUUAACUGAGGCGGAGAGUGAACAAAAUAAACAUGCUAUUUCUCUGGCUUUUGCUGCUACUGUCGCCGCGGGGGCCGCCGUUGCUGCUGCUCAGGCUGCUGCAGAAGUUGUUCGUCUUACGAGUAUGCCUCUUUACCCCGGAAAGACUAAGGAAGAUAUGGCAGCUAUCAAGAUUCAGACAGCAUUCCGUGGAUAUUUGGCAAGAAGAGCAUUGUGUGCCUUGAGAGGUUUGGUGAGGUUGAAGGCAUUGAUGCAUGGGAAAUCUGUUAAAAGGCAAGCAACUAGCACCUUAAGAUGCAUGCAAACUCUAGCAAGAUUGCAGUCAGAGGUUCGCGAAAGGAGAAUUCGAGUUUUCGAGGAGAAUCGGGUUCUUCAGCGGCAACUACAACAGAAACACCAAAAAGAACUUAUCAAGCUGCAAACUGGUCAGGUUGGAGAAGAAUGGGAUGACAGGUUGCAAUCAAAGGAACAAAUUGAAGCAAAAUUGUUGCAGAGGCAACAAGCUUCCCUUAAAAGAGAGAGGGCUUUGGCCUAUUCAUUCUCACAUCAGCAAACAUGGAAGAACACUUCAAAAUCUACAAACCUAACAUUUAUGAACCCAAACAAUCCUCAUUGGGGCUGGAGCUGGCUAGAGAGAUCGAUGGCUACUCGACCAUGGGAAGACGAAACCAUUAUGAAUCACAAUGAUCAUGCAUCAAAGGCAAUAAGACCUGCAUCAACUUCAACUACACCAGCUUCAAAGGCAACUAGGGCAUCAAGCUCGAAGAGUGGUCGUGAUAUCGAUGACUCAAGAAGCAUGUAUAGCGUUCAUUCUGAACGCUAUCGAAGAUAUAGUAGCAUUGCAGGAUCAUCAAUGAAAGAUGAUGAGAGCGUUGAAAGCUCGCCGGCGUUUCCAAGUUACAUGGCACUGACAAGUUCAGCAAAGGCAAGGUCCAAAGUACUGCAAAGACCAUCUCCACCUAAUAAUCUUUCUGCAAAGAAGAGGCUUUCUUUUCCUGCUUCUCCAAUUGGUUCAAGAAGGCAUUCCGGUCCACCUAAGGUGGAAAUAUAAGCAUGUUCUAGUUGCAACAAGUCUCUUUGAAUUAUUAAUCAAUAUGAAUAUUUAGUAAAUUAUAGGCUUUGAUAGUUUGUUUUCAUUUUAAGGAGUAUAUAGAUAGAAUAAUAAAAAUUGGCUUCUCAGCUUGUUCAUAUAGUUAAGUUAAGUUAAGUUAGUUAGUUCUCUUGAUAAUCAAUGUUAAGCAUCUCUGACACUUUUGUGUAUGUUUUUUCAGUUUAUAAUAAUUGUGAAUUGAUUUUUGUUGGUUACGAUUUUGUCCAUUAGGGAUAGUUUUACAAAUAGUUGUAUCGUAGGAAUAUUCUCUUACCAUUAAUAGCCUUAUAAUUUCUCUCUUUUAUUGUAAAUAAUUGAGUUAAUUAGGAUUUAAUUAGCUUU